AGGCGUGUCAAUGAAAUCAUCUGAUGGACAUUCCGUGAAAAAAUUGUGUACAAAUGUUUCAUUUUCAAUUUUAUUUUACGUUUAGUUUUUCUGUUGUGUAUUUUAAAUUACUAAAUUAAUUGUUAAUCAUGUGGAAAUGUCAUAAGUGUGGAAAACCUGUUUAUUUUGCUGAGAGAAAACAGUCCUUGGGGCACAACUGGCAUCCAGAAUGCUUAAGAUGUGAGGAAUGUGGAAAAAGACUAAACCCUGGGCAACAUGCUGAACACAAAGGUGUCCCUUACUGCCAUGUACCCUGUUACGGGGCCUUAUUUGGUCCCCAAUUAUUUGGACAUGGCACUAGGGUAGAAUCUCAUAAGAGCUUUGGGGCUCAAAAAGAAUCUUCAAAGAUUGGUAAUGGACCACAACUUCCCAGGGAUCAUUUGGAAUCAAAAAUUAAGGUUUACAAUCAAUUCUUUGAGGGUAAAAGUGCGGAAAUUCGAUGCAGAGAGGUAAAUGGCAGGUUUAUUUUGGAAGGCUCUCUAAGAAUUCACUGGGGUGUUCAAGGUGUUAUACAUUUAAAAGAAAAUGAUGACCAGCGCACUGUUAUAACCGUUAGAAAAAGAAAUUCAUGUCGGAGUUCUAGUCCUGAAUUUGAUACUGACGAUGAAAUACAAAACAUAUCCAGAGAUACCAGCUUUAAUGACAUUUCAACUUGUUCUAAUAGUACAAAUAGUACUAGUUGUGAUAUAAGCCGAGCAGAUACAGGAAUAGAAAGUGGCACUGAUUAUUCGUCAAUUACUCCAGAAAAUAGCCCAUCAACUUCAAUGCAUGAAAUAUUACCCAAAAGUGUAACUUUACCUUCAAAAUUGGUUGUAAAAAAUUUAGAAUGGGAUGAAUUUGAUGAAUUAUUGCAAGUGGAAAGGAAAAUUGAUGAUACAGAAAAAUUAUAUCAAACUAUGCCAGUGCCCUUACCAUCACAAUCUAGCAUUGAAACUAGUAGUUCUAGUAGUAGUACAAAAACUGAGAGCACUCAUAACAGUACAAAAACUGAUAUUACAACAGAAGAAACUAAAACAUUGGUGCCUUUAAAUGAAAAUGAAACUACCUCAGAUGACAAAACAAUACCGUUUAUGUCAAAGUCAAUGAGCAAAGAUGAUUUUUGGGUACCCAGUAGUAAUAGUCUUAAUCGUUCCAUGUCAGGGCCUGAUUGUUUGGGUAGGAUAAGAGAUCCUCAAUCACCUGAAUUUGACAGGUCCUCCCUGGCGAGUACGGCAGAUUUUUCGACCAUGUCCGAGCAAUCGGACGACGUAGUGAUGCGCAGACCGGUAAAAACAGGUUCAACAGCCAUCCGGCGCAGGCCCGGCAAACGCUUGUCGCGCAGCAAGGUUAAGAGGCGUUGCUCCAUAAACGGCCACUUUUACGAUAGGGAAACGAGUUUUUUUACGCCUCCGUAUGGUAGCCAGAUGAGCGUGUGGGUCACAUCUUUGGUUAACACACAGGAAAUUAUCAAUUUGAUGUUGGAAAAGUACAAAGUAGACAGUGACCCGAAUAAUUUUGCCCUUUUUGUUGUCAGAGAUAAUGGAGAACAAAGACGCUUGAAAGACGACGAAUACCCUCUCCUUACAAGAGUAGUAUUGGGACCACAUGAAGACGUUGCCAAGUUAUAUUUGAUGGAUGGAAACACCACGCCCGAAGUAAGCAGCGAGGUUGCCCAAUUUUUGAACCUCUCUGUGGUUGAAUGUCGUGCUAUUUUAAAUCAGUAUUAUACACAGGAGGAGCGUGAAGCUGCCAGACUAAAAGAAAAAUAUAAUGAAAUGAAACGAAGAAUCUUACUACGAAUUCAGGAACUGCAUGGAUAACUUGCUUAUUCAUUAUAUAUUUAUCUAUACAAUAUUAUACAUGUUUCUUACAUAAUUUUUUAUAUUGUUUGUAUUUUUUAAUAUUUUUUUGUCUGUUAUGUAAUCUCUUUUUAAUGCUUAUUGCUUUUUAUUAAUUGUAAUUGUUUUUUUCCUUGUAAUCUCUAUUUAUGAUUUAUAUGUGUAGAUAUUAGUUAAAAUUUUGUGACUUUACAAACUCCUACAUGUUAAGGUAAAACUAAAACAUGUGAUAAAUUUCAAGAAAUAAUGCAAUUCUUAGAUAGUUUAACAUGUAGGUUCAUUUAAUAAUACUGUAAAUAAAGUUGUGGAGAACUAAUGUGAAAUAAAGUCUUAACCAAAUU